CUGGGAUCUGGUCCGGGCAGAGCGGGAGGCAGUAAGGAAUAAAGGGGUCCUGCAAACUUCAGAGCCAGAGGGAGACUUAUUACCCCAUACCAGAUAGAAGCCCAGCCAGGACAAAUCCUGAGAUCCCUUCAUUGGCAGCUCCUGUAUUACUUGGAAGAGAUCCAGAGGGUGCAAAGAAGUUGUAUGGUCUUCACAUGGUUCUUGUGCUGAGCAUUCCAUAAGCUCACAGACUGGAAGUGGAGAGGUCUGUGUGUCCAACACUGGCUGGCAGGUAUCACUUUUCUGUGGCCAGUAAAGGGUGGCCAGCACAAGCUAUCUCCAGGAGUGCCUUGCUAAUUACAUUUGCAGUGAUUUUACUACAAUCCCUCUAGAAGAAAACUUAUCUGGCUGAUGAGAUCUGUAGGUUUUGGUUUUUUGUUUUUUUAAAGUUGAGCUGUGUCUGUAAUCUGCGUUAGAUGGGAGCUUUGCUACAUGUGAGUGAGGUUGUAUUUUCAAGAGUGCUUCAUGGUGACAGAAACAGUAAGUGCUGAGAGCUGCUCCCCCCCUAAGCCUACUGGGAUUUAAACAUUUGUGGAGUGGACUGGACUUUACCCUGACACUGGCUGCUGAGGGGCAAGGCUCAAUACUAUCUCCAUCUUUUUGGACUGGGAUUUGAAGGUUGCUUAUAUUAAGCUGUCUGGAAUUACAAUUGUUCAAGAAGGGAUUCUAUUCGUUUUUGGUGCGUUUGGGAAGGAUUUCUGUGGCAUGAGAUUUAUCACAGGGUUAUCUUAAGUACAAUGAUCGCGGAGUUUGCUCAAUUCUGCCUGCUGUGUGGAGUAAUAUGCAUCUCAUCAGGUUCUCGUCUUCGUCAAGAAGAUUUCCCACCACGAAUAAUAGAACAUCCCUCAGAUCUAAUUGUCUCCAAAGGUGAACCAGCCACUCUAAACUGUAAGGCGGAAGGCAGGCCAACUCCUACAAUUGAGUGGUACAAAGGAGGAGACAGAGUAGACACCGAUAAAGAUGAUCCCCGUUCCCAUCGAAUGUUGUUGCCUAGUGGAUCUCUAUUUUUUUUACGCAUUGUACAUGGACGAAAAAGUAGGCCAGAUGAAGGUGUCUAUGUUUGUGUUGCUAGGAAUUAUCUUGGAGAAGCAGUCAGCCACAAUGCAUCGCUGGAAGUUGCCAUUUUGCGAGAUGACUUCAGACAAAAUCCCUCUGAUGUAAUGGUGGCAGUGGGUGAACCGGCAGUAAUGGAAUGCCAACCUCCCAGAGGUCAUCCUGAGCCUACUAUAUCCUGGAAAAAAGAUGGUACACCAAUAGAUGACAAGGAUGAAAGAAUAACUAUACGAGGUGGAAAGCUUAUGAUCACCUACACCAGAAAAAGUGAUGCAGGAAAAUAUGUCUGUGUUGGUACAAAUAUGGUGGGAGAACGAGAGAGUGAAGUCGCAGAACUUACAGUGUUAGAAAGACCAUCCUUUGUGAAAAGACCUAGUAACAUGGCAGUUACUGUCGAUGAUAGUGCCGAGUUUAAAUGCGAGGCACGGGGUGAUCCUGUUCCUACUGUUCGCUGGCGAAAAGAUGAUGGAGAUCUACCCAAAACACGAUAUGAAAUAAAGGAUGAUCACACACUGAAGAUCCGAAAAGUUGUAGCGGGAGACAUGGGAUCCUAUACGUGUAUUGCCGAAAACAUGGUUGGAAAAGCAGAAGCGUCAGCGGUUUUAACUGUUCAGGAACCACCAAAUUUUGUUGUGAAACCUCGAGACCAUGUUGUUGCGUUGGGUCGUACGGUAACAUUCCAAUGUGAAGCUGCUGGAAACCCCCAGCCUGCUAUCUUCUGGCAAAAAGAGGGAAGCCAGAACUUGCUCUUUUCCUACCAACCUCCACAAUCCACAAGUCGUUUCUCUGUGUCUCAAAGCGGUGACCUCACUAUUACAAACGUUCAAAAGUCUGAUGUUGGCUAUUACAUAUGCCAGACUCUAAAUGUUGCAGGGAGCAUUACAACAAAGGCCUUCUUAGAAGUCACUGAUGUGGUUGCUGAUCGGCCUCCUCCAGUCAUCCGUCAGGGUCCCCCUCGUAAUCAAACAGUACCUGUUGAUGGCACGUUGCUACUGAAUUGUAUAGCUACAGGCAGCACGGUUCCCACAAUCCACUGGAGAAAGGAUGGAAUCCUAGUCCCCACCCAGGAUUCUCGUAUCAAGCAACUUGAAUCAGGAGCACUGCAGAUCCGAUACACUAAGCUAAGUGACACUGGUCGCUACACCUGCACUGCAUCAACUCCAAGCGGGGAAGCAAAUUGGAGUACGUACAUUGAAGUCCAAGAAUUUGGUGUUCCAGUCCAACCACCCAGAGAUACUGAUCCAAACCUGAUUCCCAGUGCUCCAUCAAAACCAGAAGUGACCGAUGUCAGCAAAAACACUGUAACAUUAUCAUGGCAACCAAAUCUGAAUUCAGGAGCCACUCCAACAUCAUACAUCAUAGAGGCCUUCAGCCAUGCAUCUGGAAGUAGCUGGCAAACGGUGGCAGAAAAUGUAAAAACCGAAUCGUUUGCCAUUAAAGGACUGAAACCCAAUGCAAUCUACCUCUUCCUUGUGAGAGCAGCUAAUGCAUAUGGAAUAAGUGAUCCAAGUCCGAUAUCGGAUCCUGUGAAAACACAAGAUGUACCUCCAACUACUCAGGGUGUGGAUCAUAAACAGGUACAGCGAGAACUAGGCGAUGUGGUUUUGCACCUCCAUAAUCCAACAAUUCUUUCAUCUUCGUCAAUAGAAGUGCAUUGGACAGUGGACCAGCAAUCACAAUACAUCCAAGGUUACAAAAUUCUUUACAGACCAAGCCCAGAAAGCCGCAGUGAGACAGCGUGGUCGAUCUUUGAAGUCAGAACCCCAGCAAAAAACAGUGCAGUAAUCCCUGAGCUAAAGAAAGGCGUAAAUUAUGAAAUUAAGGCUCGUCCCUUUUUUAAUGAGUUUCAAGGAGCUGACAGUGAAGUGCGGUUUGCAAAGACACUGGAAGAAGCGCCCAGUGCUCCACCUCAAAGUGUUACUAUAACAAAAAGUGAAGGAAAUGGAACUUCAGUUGUGGUAGCUUGGCAGCCUCCUCCUGAGGAGACCCAAAAUGGAAUGGUCCAAGAAUACAAGGUUUGGUGUCUUGGUAAUGAAAGUCGUUAUCACAUAAACAAAACAGUUGAUGGCUCCACCCUUUCCGUGGUCAUUCCAUCUUUAGUUCCGGGCAUAAAGUAUAGUGUUGAAGUAGCAGCAAGUACAGGGGCAGGUCCUGGUGUGAAAAGCGAACCUCAGUUUAUCCAGCUGGAUUCAUUUGGAAACCCAGUGUCUCCAGGUGACCAAGUGAGCCUGGCCCAGCAGAUUUCAGAUGUGGUAAAGCAGCCGGCUUUUAUCGCAGGCAUUGGCGGAGCUUGUUGGAUAAUCCUAAUGGUCUUCAGUAUUUGGCUGUACAGACACCGAAAGAAACGCAAUGGGCUUACCAGUACCUACGCAGGAAUUCGAAAAGUUCCGUCUUUUACCUUCACACCAACAGUGGCAUACCAACGAGGCGGGGAAGCAGUAAGCAGUGCGGGCAGGCCUGGACUUUUAAAUAUAACUGAACCUGCUACACAGCCAUGGCUUGCAGAUACCUGGCCAAACACUGGAAACAACCACCAAGAAUGUCCUAUCAACUGCUGCACAUCAGGGAAUGGAAGCAGUGAUAACAACCUUGCUACAUACAGCCGGCCAGCGGAUUGCAUAGCUAACUACAACAACCAGCUGGACAGCAAACAAACUAAUCUGAUGGGUCCUGAUUCUGGAGUGUAUGGUGAUGUGGAUCUAAGCAACAAAAUCAAUGAGAUGAAAACCUUCAACAGCCCAAAUCUCAAAGAUGGUCGUUUUGUCAAUCCAGGUCAACCCACCCCGUAUGCAACCACUCAACUGAUCCAGUCAAACAUAAGUAACAACAUGAACACAACUGGCGGUGACAUGGAUGAGAAACACUGGAUGCCUCCUUCACAGCAGAAACCAGACGUUGCACCAAUGCAGUAUACCAUAAUGGAGCAAAACAAAAUCAACAAAGAUUAUCGUGUUGCAGAUACUAUGCCUGCAACUAUUCCCUACAAUCAGUCCCAUGACCAGAAUACUGGAGGAUCAUACAACAGUUCUGAUAGAGGAAGUAGCACGUCCGGAAGUCAAGGUCACAAGAAGGGCACGAGGACACCAAAAGUAUCUAAGCAGGCUGGCAUGAACUGGGCUGAUCUUUUGCCCCCACCACCAGCACAUCCACCACCACAUAGCACCAAUGAAGACUAUACUUUAUCAGCUGAUGACAGCUAUGACCGAGAACUUCCAUGUCCUAUGCCACCAACACGAAUGUACCUUCAACAAGAUGAACUGGAAGAAGAAGAUGAGAGAGGACCAACCCCACCAAUACGAGGUGCGGCCUCAUCUCCAGCUGCUGUGUCCUAUAGUCAUCAGUCCACUGCUACCCUUACCCCUUCACCCCAGGAGGAACUUCAGCCGAUGCUCCAGGACUGCCAAGAUGAUAAUGGUCACAACCAACAUCAUCUUGAAAGAAGGCGCCAUCAAAUUAGUCCUCCUCCACCCCCAAGACCCAUAUCCCCGCCCCAUACUUAUGGUUAUAUUUCUGGACCAAUAGUCUCUGACAUGGAUACAGAUGUUCCAGAAGAGGAAGGGGAUGAGGUAGACAUGGAAGUUACAAAGAUGCAAAGUCGUAGACUUCUUUUACGAGGCCUGGAGCAGACACCAGCAUCCAGUGUUGGAGAUUUAGAAAGUUCUGUAACUGGGUCUAUGAUCAAUGGUUGGGGUUCGGCUUCUGAAGAAGACAAUGUUUCCAGCGGACGAUCUAGUGUCAGUUCAUCUGAUGGAUCUUUUUUUACGGAUGCUGAUUUUGCACAGGCCGUAGCAGCGGCUGCAGAAUAUGCUGGACUUAAAGUAGCGAGACACCAAAUGCAUGAAGCAGCAGGAGGCCGAAGACAUUUCCAGGGAUCUCACUGCCCUAGGCCAACAAGCCCUGUGUCAACUGACAGCAAUAUGAGCACUGCUGUAAUGCAGAAAAGCCGCCCCGGUAAAAAACAAAGACACCAGCAAGGGCAUCUACGAAAAGAAGUCUACACAGAUGAUCUACCACCACCACCAUUACCACCUCCUGCUAUAAAAUCUCCAACUGGUCCAACCAAAGCACAGCUUGAAGUGCGUCCUGGUUUUUCACAAAAGUACUCUUCUGUAGAUCAAAGAUUAGACCGGCCUGCUGAGAGAAAAGGAGCAAACUACAGAGGGAGGGAAGAAGGAGAUAAUAGACAGCAUGCAGAUGUACGGACUAAUUCAGGAGAAAGGAGAGAAUCUCUAGAACAACAAAUUGAUGGGAAAAUGAGAAGAGUGAAAACUGGGAGACGAGAAACUACAACGACAAAAACUCAACUUCAAGAGGAUAUCGUACCCUAUUGUAAACCAACAUUCCCCUCAUCAAACAAUCCUCGAGAUCCUAGUUCCUCUAGCUCGAUGUCCUCAAGAGGAUCUGGUGGAAGAAGAAGGGCAGAUCAAACAACAGGACGCAGGAAUGCUGCAGAAAUGCAACUUUUCGGAACAUAUGAGCAAGGAGUUGAUGAAGAUGAAAUAGAAGAAACAGAAAGUUGAAGGCCAAGAAAAAGGAUGGAGAUCUUAUCAGAUAUUAAUCCCUUAAGAUGCCUCAAGACGAAUGACGUUAUACCAGAGAUGCUGUUCAGUGCAAUCAAAUUGUACACAUUUUUUCUCAUUUUUAUAUCCAUAAUAUCAACUGAACACAUUUUUGCUUCAUUUGUUUACACCCUUCCCCCUUUGUAUACAUCUGACUUUGACAUUUACCAAAAGCAGCACUUACCAUAAAACUUUCUUACUUCUCCGGCCACAAAGACAGCUCUCCGAGAAGCUGGUACUCAUGCUGCUUUUAAAGAUUAGACCGCAGAAGGUGCAGAGACUGGAAUACUAAGCUUAUUUCCUACUAAUCUUAUCACGUCUGUUGCCUAUCAAGUCCUACCUGGAGGUGAUGCAGUGCACUGCCUCUGAACCGCCAAAGCACCAACGUCCGUCUUUCUUAAACAUUUAAGUAAUUGAAAUCAACCACCUACGUCAUAAAAAUUCAUGCACAAACAAUGAUAUUUUUUUCUGACUGUGUGUUAGGUCGCAUUUAGUGGAAAAACUAUUUUAUCAGAGCUUUUUCAUCAUAAAUGUAAUGAUUACUGUUACAGCAGUAUUGCCCAUCAAACCAUUAUUAUCAGCAGUAUGGAGGUAAUUGCAUUGUAAAUAUGUAUUUUCAUAUGUCUCUGUGGUACUUGUCUCUCCUACAUCCAUUAUUAAGGUAUCUUUGGUACUACAUCUUAUUGAUUAUAUGGAAGUCAAGCCAGCGAAAUGCCUGGUGGUUUUGCGUUACUUAGGAAAUCUUUCAGAAAUCAUUUAUUUUUCCAUUCAACAGCAUUUGUAGGAAAAUAAAAGGAAAAAAAAAAGAAUUCUAACAUUUGUAAUAAAUGCCAAGCAGGAAAUGCUAUUUGGUUGAAAAAUUUAAUGGCUCUUCGUAGCCAAUCAAGCAUAAAAAAAAGACAUGCCACUUCAGGAAAUUUGGUUUGACCUUUUUGUUUUGUAAUGCACUGUUUUAUUGGUUUUAAAAGCACAAUCACUAAACUUUAUUUUUAAACCAUUGUAACUAUUAACCUUUUUUGCCUUUUUGAUAAAUGUUGAAAAUUAUAAUUUUUUUUGUUUAUGUAUUUUGUUAAUGCUGAGUUCUUUUUGUUGUUGGACUGUUUGAAACGAUCAUCAUACCUUAGAACUUUACUGGGUCAUUGGCACGGAAAUCUCUUGUCCUCUUCUACUGAGGAACAAACAGUCUGGACCCAAAACUAAAGGGGUGAAUGCUGUAGCAUUUUUGAACAGGUAGUAGUCAGGGAUCGCUACCAGUUCCCCCAACUGGAGAAGAGUUGUUUGACCAGGUGGCCCAGCAAAUCCAGGAGCUGUUUGGCCAAACCCAGUAAGUUCCUAUGUAUGAAGAUAAUAGAUGGUUUUAAUAUUGUAUCUCAAAUGAUAGCAUGUGUGUAAUGCUUCUUAACAGGACUGGCUCAAGGGAGGCAAUUAAGUCUUCGGUAUAUAACUCUAAUUCAAGAAGGACAUAAUGGCUACAUUUUCUGUGCUUCUACAUGAAAGAGUAUUUACAUAAAAAUCCUAAAUUUCACAUAUUUAUUUACAUAGAAUUAAAUCACUGACCGCAUUAUGGAGACAUUGUACAUGGUGAGAAAAUCUAUACUAGCCUCAUUAUUUCACUCACUGUUUAUUUUUAUGGAUUCCAUUUUUUUAUGCUCUCUCAUAGAUUUUAUUUGAGCGCAAGUUAGUCAAAUGCACUUGUUUCAGAAAAAUCAUAUCAAUAGAUGCAAAAAAAAAAUAAGAUAAUCCAAAAAUAACUGGACAAAUAUUUUAUUUUAAAUUUGGGCUUUUAUAAUAAAGGCACUCAAUAAACAAAAUGUAUGCAAGUACAUUUAACAAGAUUAGGGUUUCAAAUCCAACACAUAUAGUUUAAUAUGUGUGAGAAAAUGUAAACCUCCAUGGGAUUUUUAUUAAAAAAUACUCUUUCAAAUAAGAAUCGUAGUAUGUUAGCUUCUAUUUCCUUUUUUAGUAUUAUUAUUAUUAUGCCCAUUUGGGCAGCCAGUAAUGAUAUAAAUGCUUAUUGCACACCUUAGGUUACCUAUAUUAUUUAUACCAUAGGGGCAAGUGGGUCAAUGUUUGUAGAACUUUACCACUCCUGACCUGGUUAUUGGAAAAACAAUAAACUUGUGUUUCCUGGUAAAGGCACAAGGGUGAAUACUGUGGCACUUUAAUUCCCUGGCUCUGAGUGAAAGGCUUGUUUUAUUAGUAUUUUUAUUUUUACUGUGACAGCUCUUUUCGCUUUUCCCAGCUUAGUAAAAAUACUUGAUUAGGUGUAACUCCAGACUCCAGGGUACAAUUGUAGUGUUAUUCUCGUCUUACUGUUUGAUAUUGCAGAAAAAAAUGCCAUCUUCAAAAUGUUCUGCCUCUGCAAUAACUGUCAGUGAACACAUUUGUCUUAGUCGUUUAUUGGAUAUUCUGGUACCAACCUUAAAAAACAGGACUUUGCCCUUUACUGUUAAAUUUGAAAAAAACAAAAAUGGAAAUCAUAGAUAGAAUAAAUAUAUUUUUUUGCAUUCAAGUAAUUUAUCUUAAAUUUAUCAAUAUACCAAAUAAAUAUUAAAUUGUAUUAUUUGGGCUUUAUUUACUAAACACUAUACUAUAGUAAAAAAAGAA